CAUGAGAGGCGUUGGGAUUAGGGCCGGCAUUUGGGAGAUAUUUUUUUCGGAAACUAUUCUUUGGUUUGAAAUCGUGUGGGUCAGUCGACCAGAUUCUGCGCCGGCUUCUUGAAGCGUCAAAGUUGGCUAGACGCUCGUCCAAUUCUCCGAAUUCGAAGAUGAAAAUGAAAAGAAGAAUCCCCGAUGAGGCUCGACAUUGUGUUUUCUUCAGAGGUGUUACACCUUUAGAUGAACUCGUCCAACGCUGCGUCCAUUUUGCAGCGAACUUCUGGCGUGCAGACGACAUAUCAACAAGUUCCUGCCAUGAGCUGCGGCAUGAUGCUGUCGUCUGCGCCACCACCGCAGGACAUCACGAGGCGUCCCCUCAUGCCGGCACAAAAUGGAUGGAACUACAACCCGGCCCCUGAAAACGCAGGGUACCUUCACCACCACGGCUCCUAUAAUCUCACACAUUACCCAAAUGUUCCGAAUCCGCACAAGAAUCCGUAUGGACAUUUUGGUGGAGGGGAUUUCCUCCCAAGCUGCCAACAGAUGCAGAUAAGUCCCCUGCCGACCCGAGGGGCGAUGGUUCCCCUUUAUGGGGACACCUCCAUGUACCCGAGUAACCCGGCCGGGGUUCCCGUGUCCCAUGGGGCGCAUCCAGGGGUCCACGGUGGCAUGUACUCCAGUGCGGAGCUGAGUCCUACGCUACAGGUCCAGACUGCUGCUUACACAGGGGACAUUUCAGUCUCGUGCCAAAAUAAUAAUUCCAGCGGAUCGGAAACUUCCUCUACAGAACCAGCAAAACAACGUAAGAAGCGGAAACCUUACACCCGCUACCAAACCAUGGUCCUCGAGAACGAGUUCCUCAACAACGCCUACAUCACGCGGCAGAAACGCUGGGAAAUCUCCUGCAAGCUCCACCUCAGCGAGAGGCAAGUCAAGGUCUGGUUUCAGAACAGGCGGAUGAAAAGAAAGAAACUGAACGAACGCGCAAAGGCGUUGUUUAAAUCCGAAGACAUUGUGGUGCGUUGACGUUGUGUAUAUAUUGAAACCCGCACCAGUUAGUUGUACAUUCUUUAUUUGUUUAUAUCACAGAGUGAUGUAGUAUAAAAAUGGCAAUUGCUGAUUAGAAGUUCAGAGCGCGUGUAUCGUCACAAAAUGUGGGGGUGGGGGUGAGGAGGGUGUCUAUGUUGUUUAAACAGAGGGUUUAAGCUGUAUGCCAUUUUAGUACUGAUGAUUAUAUUUAUAUGAGCCAAAAAGAAUAAUCAACAGAGUUACAUGUAAAUACAUGUAUAAACAAACAGAAUCAUGAUGAAAGGAAUGGUCGCUCUGUGCAUUUAUUGUAAAUAUUCUAAUAAUCCUGAUAUAUGUACAUGUAGUUAAGUGGGACAUACUGUAUACAGUUGCUGUAAAUACAACGGCAAAACAGGGGAAACGGUGCACUUUUUUCUUUCAAUUUUCGCAAUUUUAGGAACGUAACAAUUAAGUGAACAAAAUGUAGCCCAACCAAGAAAACAUCGAAUUUCCGAUGCCAAUCGGGUCAAUUAUUUUGAAUACAUUGUUGAUAUUUUUACUUCUUCGAAAUUGCUUAUUGUUAAAGUAAUGCCACGACAAUGGAUGUCCUGAAAUACAGCUUACGGAUGCAACACAGUUAGUUCUGUGUUCUUAAUUGUGAUGACGAAAUACAACACCUAUUUAGGUAUUCAAUUGAACGAAAGCAAAAUAUAUUUCAAGCAGCGUUAUCAAAUAGUAGCCAGGUCUAUGGCGGUUUAUGAAGAUAUUUAGUAUUACAGCCAAUGAAAUAGUUUCAAGGGAUUAGCUUGUAUUUAAAUACUGUGUCAAGAAUUUGGUUUUUUUGUUUUAAGACUGUACUGUAUGUAUAUUAAAAAGUUUUUAGCAUGACUCCUCUAAUAUCCAAGGAAUCUUUUGGCUAAUGAGUUACUUUUCGAAAGUUUUGGUCAAAUAUGCAAAAUGGCCAAUUUAAAAAGAACAGAGAUAUAAAGCUACUAGAAUAAUUAUUCCAAUGCUCGAAGAUCACUUGUUUAUUUUGGAGUUUGGGACUAUAGAAUAUUUGGUUUAGUGAAUCAUACUCUUCAUUGGGGAAGUAGAAUUUUAUAGUUGUAUAUAAUUAUUACAUAUUUGUUUUCUUUUUCUUUUAUUCUUGUUUAGAAAGCCACUUAAUGCCAUACUUUUAAAGAUAAAUUUGGUGAAAAAAAAACAAUUUUAAAAUAAGAAUUUCUUUAUCAUUUUCAUUUACGUGUGGCUUAUCAGAUCUGAAUAUUAAAUUUUUCAAUUGGUCAUUUUAGA